AAAAAACUAUAUUAUCCUGUGAAUUUUGCUGUAACUGUAAUUUUUAUUCACCGUGUCGGACUACCUCAUACCGGACACGUGUAUUGUGUGCUAGAAUGAUAUCCUAAGUUGUAGGAAGCUUAAUAAUAGUCAUGGUUAUUUUGACUUGGUCCCAGGUCCCAGAAAGUAGGACACCAUAAUAUUAGGGAAAAUAAAAGAUCAAAGUACGUUUUCUCUCAUGAUCCCCGGUAAAAUCAUAAAUAACACUUAGAAACAAAUAUUCUGAAAGUUAGAAAAUCCCACGUGGCAGCAACAUUGAAUUUAGCAAAAUAGGCUGACGCUAGUGUAUGAUAUCUACAAAAGGUAUUCAAGUCAAAAUGGUUUGACAUUUUGCCACAUAAAGCACGUAAGUAUGUCAGGAAGCAUACACCGACCUGAAUAGCAGUAGAAAAGGCCGGGAAAACAAAACUGGUUGAAAAACAUUGGCGUCAACAUUUAGAGGAUCACAUAAAAUACGGAAUUUUGGCACACUAAAGGGCUAAAUGUUGCAUUAACACCAAAACGUCAGCGAAAAAACAUAGUGUAAUGGGCAACUCAAUCAAUUGACUGAAAUUGCCGUUGGUGUAAGUCUCCCGAUGAGAUGCGUGUAUAUUCUCAGCUCAAUUAGUUUCUAACUAACUGCAACUGCCCAAUUAAAUGUACUGAUCGAACCAAUCAGUUAACCAAUAAUUUCAAACCAAAGGACGAGGCAAGCUAACCUCCAUUACAUACAAAGAUGGCGGGAAUGGUGGUUCCCGCUUCAUCCUGAUUGGUCGCUAAGUUGACUACCGAAAUUACGAACCGGAGUUGAGUUUAUUUCCAGCCGUUUAGAAUAAAAAGCAAUGAAUAGCCGUGCUGACAACAUCGAUCAUUGUUGUUCUGGGUGGGAUUAUAAAGGAUCAUAAUGAGUCAUAUUAGGAUUCGAACGUGCAGAUUAAGUGUAGUAACAGUUGCUGCUACGCUGUUCACUGUCACGUUAAUACUUCAACUAGUAAUCAUCAUAUAUAAUUACUCAUCUGUAGCCAAGAAUGUUCCUAAGUCAAUUGAUAUAGCUUAUGUAAACAUGAUCCCUGGAAAUAUCACAUUAACUCGUGACUGGAGUUUUGAUCCUACUUUUUCAAAAGAACAAUACAAUUUGUCAACAUCUAAUAACACACAUCGGAUAUUCAUAAAUCCUGUCUUUUCUUCUGGUUCUGAUGAUUUGGAGUAUCCAAUGAUGAUAGAUAUGCCAAAACUAGUUGGACAGGUUCUUUCAAACUUGACUGUAACAUCUCGUCCAAUAAAUGACCCAAAAUUUCCAAUACUUAUGAGUGAGCAUCAAAAAUGUAGAAACAUUCUCUUAGAAACAGGAGGAGCUCCAGAACUAAUGAUUCUCAUCAAAUCUGCUCCAUCAAAUUUUCUACGCAGAGAUGCAAUACGCUUAACAUGGGGCAAUGAUCUUUGUUGGGGUGGACGUCGUGUCAUCCAUCUUUUCCUUCUUGGUAAUGUCCCAUCUAAUAAUGAACGUUUAAAAUACAUAUUAAAAAAUGAAUCUUAUGCAUAUCAUGAUAUAAUUCAACAAGAUUUUCUCGAUCACUAUUAUAAUAGUACAUAUAAAAUUAUGUUUGGCAUUAAUUGGGCAGUAAAAUAUUGUUCAAAUGUCCCAAUUAUUAUGUUUGUUGAUGAUGAUUAUUUUAUCUAUCCAAAAAAUGUGGUUGCUUAUAUUGAAGGUUUAAGCACAGAGCUGCGUAAACUUUUGAUCAGUGGUUAUGUCUGGUAUAAUGCAGGACCAGUUCGUAAGAAUAUUGGUAGUCACGAAAAGUGGUUGGUUGAUGAUAAAGAAUAUGCUCCACGUUACUAUCCUCCAUAUGUGGCAGGAGGUAAUUUCUUUUUAUCAAUGGAUUUGGCACGUGAAUUAAAUGUAGCUAUGCGUUAUACAAAAUAUCUUCGGUUUGAUGAUGUCUACCUGGGAAUAAUACUUAAAAAGUUAUUGCAUGUACCAAUGCAUUUAAAAAAAGUUUACACAUUCCACCCUGUAAAUUUAAAUUCAUCUGAGAUAUAUGAAAUGAUUUCUAGUCAUGGUUUUGGCAAAUCUGCUUCACAAUUCUUCUUAUGGGACCGCCUAAAAUGCUCAACAUUUUGUGUACAGUCUCUUGUUUAAUUUACCAUUUGCUUGUCUUCUUUUGUACUAUUAGAUCGAUACUUAUCACAUUUCUCUUCCUUUUUUAAAUCAUUGUUCCUCGAUCUAUUCAACUAUCAAUCAAGAUAAAACUGGUAGACAAUUUAUAGAAAACGUCAUUUUUAUUUGCCUUUUGUAUUGUUGUUGAGUAUCACCCGUCCUAAUAAUUUGUAUUCUAAUUGUGCAUACUUUUAUAAUUAUGUGAUAUAUAUGAAACAAGAAAAUAUUCGUUCUGAAUACUUACUCAGAUAUUCCCAAUUAUCGUUACAAAUACUACUUUAAAUAAAAUUCUUGAUAGACUAAUAAAUAUAUUUAGUGAUCAAAAUAAUCUAUACUUAACCAGUAAUGAAUUUCUGUGUACGCACAUAUAAAAUCUCAUUUACUGUUGUGAAGUCUUGAGCUGUUUUAUAUACUCCCCAUACCAAAUGACGAUUCAAUAAAUAAUCGAUCAGAAAACUACAACGUAGGGCCAGGCAUAUAUAUGCAUCGGUGCAAGUUGCAGCACCUCAUUAGCACAACAAGAUGAACACCGAAUCCAUAGAAGUAGUUACUUCACUGGUAGUAAUAUAUGAAAGAUUGUGUAUAAGGAUAAAGUACAGCAAGAAAAAACUAAUUCGUAGAAAGAAAGAUAUAAAGUAAUUUUAAUCUCACAGUUUAAACGAAAACGAAGAGUGUAUACACCUACACCAUUGUGAUCGAUUCACCCAUAUCACCCAGAGUCUCCAACCAUUGGUUACUAUAGUCGCGCGGACCCCAACCAAGUAGUCUGUAUCUACCAACAUGGCUCAUACCAGAAGUUAGUGACUUCAAGGACUGAUGCCACGUUUUAGUCUGGCCACCCCUAACUCUCUUCCAACCAUCCCCAACACUUGUCAGCAUUGCGCGUCGUGGUAACUGGUGUCCACACAUACGCAACACGUAGCCUACCCAUCUCAGUCGAUGGAGAUUUACAACCCCAUCAACUGAUUUACCAUUAUUCCCUAAUAUCCUGCGUCUAACCUCACUAUUACUUACCUGGUGAUCCCAGCAGAUGCGAGCAAUAUUUCUAAGAGAUCUGUGGUCAAAUAUUAGUAACUUACGAGUAUCCUCUACUCUUAGUGGCCACAUUUCUCAGUCGUAAAUUAAACCAGAAUGAACUGCUGCGCAGUAUACUCGUCCUUUGAUUGAUGAACGGAUAUUUCGCCUUCUCCAUAGGUGACGAAAGUUGUUAUCCAUAAGUAAUAGUUUUUUGGUUACAAUUUUGUCCCACCUUUAUAAGUGGUCUCGAAAAAACAAACCUUUAUUUGAUACAGUUAUUGCUACUGGGAAAGUUUACCAUCGCAGCUCAUACUCUUUUAAAAUUGAAGAAUUUACAAAUGAAACCGAACUUGGCGGUUGAACUUUCCGAGUGCUUGUAUUAUGUAAAUUAUUUCUUAAAAAGUCAGUUACGCAUGACUUGCUAAAUAACUGUUUUAUAUUCCUAAAUAUUUCCUAAGCAUAUCGUUCAGUAUCAAUAUCUUUAUAAAUGCAAAUAUACACUCUGACUACUAGGAGUAAAGCAGUACAGUGCCCGAGUAAUAGAUCUUAAACUGAAAUAGAUAAAAACAUCCUGAAUGUCGUUUAUUAUUUCUUAAGAUCUUAUCCAAAUUCUUUUAUAAAAACUGGUUAAUCUGUCGAGUAGUUCUAUAUGUAGAUAUACGAGUACUAUCUAGUACUGAGCGCAACUGUUCUGAUUUUCUUUAGUUUUUCGAUUAUUAUAACUAUUUGUAAAUAAGCUCUUAAUUAAUUAUGUUUAUGUGUAUGAAAUGAGAAUCACAUCUUUUGUUCCAUAUAUGUUGUUUUUGAGAUGAUUUGAUCGGAACUAAGAAUCUAUGGGAAAUUCUCAUUGAGAAGAAUUAAAGAUUCAUCAAAGUUAAAUGUACUCCCGUCUAACUUUGUAUAAGCUUCGGAUUAUGAAAGUCAUACAAAAUAUAUAUGCGUGUAGUCUUUCAAUGCAAAGUCUCAGUAAUGAAACGCUAACGGCAUAGUGUAUCUUUUAAAGUUGCUUUUAGGUCAAAAGAUCGAACAGUUAUUCCUUAAGAGAAUUAUUUGCUUCUGUUUAGGCACUCAUAGUGUUGAAUAAAUUUUGGUCCUUCAGGGUACGAAUUCUUCAAUAUUUCAUAGUUAAAUAAGUAAGAUUAUUAUUAGGUAAACCAGCCAUCAGACCUGAAGUUUCGGGGUUCGGUACCAGCCGAGGUCAUAGGUGUACAGUGCGAGGGAGUCCCGUACUGAUAUUGGAUGCGAUCACAACCAUAACUCUUGUAUUUUUAGAAUAUAACAUCCCAACACAUACUAGGACGGAAUAGCUCUCCAGAAUUCCCUGGUUUCUAAUGGUAUUCCAACUGGAGAACACCUAUUUAUUAGUCUUUCAUUUAACUAUUACUGAAGUCAACCAUACAGAAGAAAAAUGAUAGUCUACUCUUUAGCAAAAAUUGGGUUUUUAUAGAAGUACACUGGUUCUAGGAAAUAUUUCAUCCUGGUAGAAUUAACGUUGUAAAUUCUAAUGCGGUUUCUUUUAAAAACCAAAUGUUUUUUAUAUAGAAAAUUUGAUCUACUUUCCAUGAAUAACAGCUUAGAAAACCAUUAUAUAACAAUAUUCUACAAAAUGACUUACUGAUUAAUAAAAAUAAGUGCUACAAUAUUUUUGGUUUGAAUAACUGAAACAGUAAACAAAGCGCUCGUGUAAUUUUACAUCAAUUAAUGUUGUCUAAACCACAAGCGAUGGAGUUUGCAAUUAAUUGCUUUGAUUCCAUCCAACAUUAAGUCUCAUAAGUAGACUCUCGGCAGCAAAAUGGUCUGAAUUAGAGUUUAUUACAAGUAUUAGAUUCAAUCUUUGCACACCAGUCAGUGGUAAAAUAUCCAUCUACCUAUCAGUCUGUUUGUUUAUUUAUAGACAAGAAUCAGUAUUUCAGUCUUUAUCGAACUCGCCAGGUGUAAAAAUUCACUAACUACAUGACUAUACGUAUUUAUUUUUCUGUAAAUAUCAUUCUACCAAACAAACGUUUUGUUCACAAGUUUUCCUUUUAAAUAUUAUUUUAGAUGUUUUAAGUUUGAAAAUAGAAAUUUCUGAACAAUAAAUCUACUGGAGUCUAUGUGAAUAAUUUGAAUUUGUUUAUGUUCUUUGGAUUUUUUAGCAUCUAGCCAGAGAGUUCUUUGUGCAUUAGGGAAGCAUACAGACGAAUGAGUGAGGACUGUAAAAGAGAAGAACCAAAGAAAAGGUCAGUCGACGACCCAGCGAGUGCACACAAUCCACUUACAUCUAAUCAGGAAAAUAAUAGACAGCAAUCAGAAGUAAUACAAGCCUCAGAUUAAUACAAUCCUAGAAUCGAAACGAAAGGCAGAUAGUUUAACUCGCUACCAUGCCCCUAGAGACAAUUGGAUGACAUUUAAAUUAUAUAUGCAACAAAGAAAUAUUUCUCUUUUCAAUUAGUUCCUAAUCAUAACUCCCUUAGAUGAAUUCGUAGGUUUUGAUAUUUGAAUAUAACAUCAAUAUCAACCACAGUAUUCCCUAA